UGUGAUGUGGCUCAGAAAGUAAUCUUCCACGUCACUAGGAAGCGGUGGGAGCCGAGGAGACAGCUCACCAGACCGAGCUACAGCUGCGGCCUUUACAGAUGUAAAUAUCUAAAACAGGAUUUCCAAGGAUACCACAAAGGAUAGCAGUGGUGCAGUUAAGUAGGUUAUUUUGGUUAUUUUAAAUCAAAAUGAAGUGUUUUUUUUCCUGUAGUGACCGUACAGCUAACUAACUAACUGAGGAUACUGUCCUCCAUUUCACUGCUAGCCUGGACAGAGACUGCGCUGACAUUAUUAACAUUCACUCAAUAGCAACUCAAAGAUGAUUUUAAAUGAGUCUGACCAGUUGAAUCUUUGACAGACUGAUACAUGUUCGCGUUUUAUGAAGGUUUAGUUGAACAGCUGUUCGUGCUAACUCAGGUAUUAGCAUGGAAGCUAAAUCAGAAGCUAGCCGCAGUAAUGAAUGUAAAGAGUAUUAGUGCUGCGUGUCACACUCAUCACUCUGCUUUAUUUACAUAGGGCAUUAUAACUUGUGCUACUUUUGCUGACCCGUUCACAGUUUUAUCCUUUGAUUUUGUAUAUAACCAAAUUAUACAUUUAUAGUAAAAUGUUAGAUGAAGUCUUUAUGUUUCAUUAUAUCACUCAGUAAUAAUAAUAAUAAAAGCGUUUAUUUAUAUAGCACCUUAUAACAUCCGGAAAGAUGAACAAAGUGCUUUACACAGGCAAAUACAGAAAAAAAAGAAUACAUGGCAGGUCACAAAUGUCACAGGAUAUCAUAACAAUGAAAGGUUAGAAAACACAGAAACAAUCAAAUAGAAAAUGGCAAAUGACACUAGAUAUUAAAAGCCUGUUUAAAUAGGUGAGUUUUAAGAUGUGUUUUAAAAAGUGCCAGGUCAUUAGUAAUAAGUCGUUCAGGGAGUAAAGAGUUCCAAAAUAGUAGUACUACUUACUACUAGUAGUAGUAAGUAGUAAAUAGCAGUAGUAAAUCAGUUCUUGAAAUAAAAAAAUAUAAAUAUAAAGACAUUGUUUUCUUGAUCUAUAAAAAGCCUUUAAGUUUUCUUGCAAACUCUCUCAAUAUAGUUGUACAAAUUGCAUGAAUACAGUGGUAAGAUGUUGGUGAUGAAAUUGUUUUUGAUUAUUGUAAAAAUAGGUGAUUGCAUGCAUAUUUUACAGUUAUUAAAACUAUUCCCACCUUAAAACAACGGGCAAUACUGUUACCUCCAUAUGAUAAAACCUAUGUACUAAAGAAAGUACAUAUUUGCUCCUUCAAAAAAUGACCUUAUUCUUAAAAUACUUAAUAUAAAACACCGUAUAGAACUAUAUUGUAAGCCCUGGUUAGAAUUGUGUUUUUGUAGUCACACUAGGGCUGGGCGAUACUGGAAAAAAGUUUUAUCACGAUGUAUUUUUUUUUUUCAUAUUAGUCGAUAUCGAUAUAUAUCACGAUAUAAAAAAAUCACUCAUCAAUCUUAAAUGUUCCCUGUUACUCUUAAAUUUAACAGUGCUUAUUGGUAGUAUGUCUUUAGUAAUAUAAUGAGCUUCUGCAUUUAUGAGGUCUUUGUGUCAUUUAUUCAUUCAUUAAUGCUCAUUGGCUGUUCGUAUCGUUUACCAAAACAUGGCAGGAUGCCGACUAUCGAAAAGCAUAUUGACCGUGUUUUAUAUCGUUUUAUCGCCCAGCCCUAUGUCACACUGUAACUUUCUGCAUUCAGUACAAAAAUUUGAUGAUGUGGAUUACAAGAAUUAUGAUUCUUGAUUUAAUUAAGACAGAAUAAAAUAAUAAGAGCUGAAAUAUCACAUUUUGUUUUUAUUGUGACAAGGGGAGAGCUAAUCUCUGUGUUUUUCUGAGUGAGCGUAACCAAGUUCCAGAUUUCUGUACUUACCCAUGAACCAAAUGCCGACCUAGUCACAAGUCAUUAUGUCAAAAAAAGAGGAAAUACUUAGGAUCAUCAGUUUUGCUGGAUUCUGCAGUGCUUUAUCCUUUUAUGCUUGACAGUUCAUGUUUUGUUUAUCUCUGCAGUUUCACAUGAGGGAAUUCAUCUUCUGAAUCUGUUUUGUUUCUGUCUUCCACAGAUAUUAUCUAUUGAGCGACCUUCAGAGAGAUUCUUUUGAGUGGGGACCAGAACAGCAGCACAAUGACAGCUGCAGAGAACGUUUGUUACACUCUGAUCAAUGUUACAUCUGAUUCAGAGCCCCCGUCUGAAGUCAGCUUGAAAACUGAUCUCGGUAAGUACUCUCAGUGUUAAUUUGAAAAGCCAUACGACUAAAAAAAAGGUUCCCUCACUUACUUCAAUAGACCAAAGGCAAGUUGUCUGUGUCUAAAACCUUUUUCUUCAACUGUAUACAAAAGUGGUGAGUGUCUUUUGAGUCAUGGUAUUCACUGAAAACACCAAGUAGAAUAAAAAAAAAUAAUCUGUACUCCAACAAUUCUUUCAUGUAGCUGUGUAAAGCAGGUGAGUGUAUGAUUUUAUAGAAAUAACAAAGCAAACACUUACGUUUUUCAUUUUUACAGAAAAGGGGGAGAUCAAGGCAAAGACUGAAGCACUUAAGAAGGUCAUUAUCAUGAUCCUGAAUGGGGAGAAGUUGCCAGGACUGCUGAUGACAAUAAUCCGCUUUGUGCUGCCACUUCAAGACCACACCAUCAAAAAGCUGCUGCUGGUCUUCUGGGAGAUAGUUCCCAAAACAACCCCAGAUGGGAAGCUGCUUCAGGAGAUGAUCCUGGUCUGUGAUGCUUACAGGAAGGUAAGAUAGCUAAGAUAUCUCAUUUUUAGGCACAGCUAUGAACAAUUCACUUAUGUGUAUUCUUAGAAAAGAUGUGCCCUUUUGUUGUUAUAAAUUUAAUAUAAUAUUUAAUAAUACAGAAAAAGAUGCUUAUAUUAUGAAAAUGAAGAAAGAAAAAAGACGUAUAAGAAAGUAAUGUUCAUGCAUUUUAAGACCACACCUAAUACUAGGUUCAUUACCUGAGUGAAUACCACUCCUUUUCUCUUAAUAUGGCUGAAUUUCAAGAUUCAAGCUUUUUAUUGUCAAUUUCUGCCCUAUAUGAGUACAUGUGUAGAGGAGUUAAUAUUCCUUAUACACAAGAAUAGAAAAAGACAUUUCUCACUACUCAACAAUGCAGAAAAACAGAGAAUAAUUAAAAGAAAUACAACAAGUACAAUAUAGAAAAGUAUAAUACAGUAGGAGAGUAGUAUCUACCCUCUGUAUAUAUACACUCUUAUACAAGUGCAAACCUAAUGACCAGAAAAAUAGUUUCUGCUGUACAUAUUUACACAUGACCUAAAGUGCAGGUGGUGGUUGCAACCUGCAGUAUUUCUUUGAUGUAAAGAGUGUGUAAACAGGAAGCAUUCAUGUAAACAGUGGAGUUGUAAUGCAAAAAAAAAAAGAUUAUGAAUCAGAGUUCUUUUUAUUUUGAACCUCCAGGACCUGCAGCAUCCCAAUGAGUUCAUCCGCGGCUCCACUCUGCGCUUCCUUUGCAAGCUGAAGGAGUCCGAGUUGCUCGAGCCUCUCAUGCCGGCGAUCCGUGCCUGCCUGGAGCAUCGUCACAGUUACGUCCGCCGCAACGCUGUCCUUGCCAUUUACACCAUCUACAGGUAUAAGCUGUGUUAUAUUUCAUGUUCAGUCACCUUAUCACAAAUGCACGUUUUUGUUUUCCAUCUGUUAGUCAAGAACAAGCAGCUCAUGUUUUUUUAAUCUGUUUUAGGAACUUCGAACAUCUCAUCCCAGACGCUCCAGAGUUGAUUCAUGAUUUCCUUGUCAAUGAGAAAGAUGCCAGCUGUAAAAGAAAUGCCUUCAUGAUGCUGAUUCAUGCUGAUCAGGUACGUUGAAAACCACCUUUUGAUUACCUUUUAUUCAAAUCGUUACUGUUAUUUGCCACUUACAUUUGCAGAUAUGACUCUUAAUGGCCUAUGUUCAUAAUUUGAUUUGCUUCUUCACAGGACCGAGCUCUGGACUACCUGAGCACAUGCAUAGACCAGGUUCACACUUUUGGAGACAUUCUCCAGCUGGUCAUCGUGGAGCUGAUUUACAAGGCAAGUUAAUGUCUUUGCUGUUGUACCACUCAGCCCAAAGGAGACCCAAACUCACAAAAGAGACUUGGUAAUGGCUGACCUGUUGCUGUUUUAAUUCUCUUUCAGGUCUGCCAUGCCAACCCAUCGGAGCGUGCCCGGUUUAUCCGUUGCAUCUACAACCUGCUGCAGUCCUCAAGUCCAGCUGUUAAGUACGAGGCUGCUGGUACUCUCGUAACCCUCUCCAGCGCCCCGACAGCCAUUAAGGUAAACCACUAAGGUCUUUGCACAAUUGAUAACAUGCACACAUUACUGGUUUUAUUGUGGCAGCAGUCUUUGGUCUGCUUCAGCCUCUUAACCACCUGUGUGCUUUAUUUUGGCUCCAGGCUGCUGCCCAGUGCUACAUCGACUUGAUUAUUAAGGAGAGUGACAACAAUGUGAAGCUGAUUGUUCUGGAUCGUCUCAUUGAACUGAAAGAGCACCCAACCCAUGAGCGUGUGCUUCAGGUAAAUCAAGUUGUGAUGCAUUCUGUUGAUGCUGUGAACAAUAACAAAUUUAAUCUAUAACGAUAUCUUCUCUGUUUUUAUUUCAAUGCAAAAUGCUCAAGGCCAAGUAGGACUAUUUUUACCUUUAUUAGGAUAAUCAUGAUGUUUAUGUUCCUUUUUUUUGGUAAUUACCGUGAAAAGAAAGAAGAUAUAGGAUUUUCAGUUCUCUAGUUGUUCAGUUAUGUACGUAAAAGGGUUACAGAUCUGAAUAUGACUCAUGUAGGUCUCGUGGGAGACUGUGUCUGUUUGCUGCAUCCAGAAUUCAUCAUUUCUAUUUUCAAUGUUUCCUCACCCAGGACCUUGUGAUGGACAUCCUGCGUGUCCUCACCACUCCUGACCUGGAAGUCAGAAAGAAGACCCUGCAGCUGGCUCUCGACCUUGUUUCUUCUCGUAACGUAGAAGAGGUCUGUGUCACGUGUAGCACAUCUGUGUUAUGUUCAUGCAACAACAUUAAAAAAAAGACAUACACUUCAAUUACUCAAGUAUCUUUUUGCUUUUUCAGUUGGUGAUCGUUUUGAAGAAAGAGGUGAUCAAGACAAACAACGUCACAGAGCAUGAAGACACUGAUAAGUACAGACAGCUGUUGGUGCGCACUCUCCACUCUUGCAGUGUGCGCUUCCCUGACAUGGCGGCCAAUGUCAUACCUGUGGUGAGUUUCAUGUUUUUCAAGCAUACUGGGACUAAUGUGCUCCUGGAAUUCAUAUCUCCAUUAAAGAAACCCUUGUUAAAGUUUCUAAAAACACAGAAAAUAAGAGCAUUUUAAGACUUAAUCGUGUGCUGAUACGAUUUACAGCUGAUGGAAUUCCUAAGUGACACUAAUGAGGCAGCAGCUGCUGACGUGCUGGAGUUUGUUCGGGAGGCGAUACAGAGAUUUGACAAUUUAAGACCACUUGUUAUCGAGAAGAUGCUGGAAGUCUUUCACGCCAUCAAAACCGUCAAGUAAGUAUUUUUAUGCAAAUUAAGGGAAAAGUAAUACAGUGUCACUUCCUGUGUUAAUAGCAUGUAAAAUUUGCCUUGUCAUCAAGUUUGUCACCAUUUGUCUUAUUUCAGGAUCUACAGGGGAGCGUUGUGGAUCUUGGGUGAAUAUUGCAGCACCAAGGAAGACAUCCAAAGUGUGAUGACAGAAGUGCGCAGGUCCUUGGGAGAGGUAUAUUUCUCCUUUGUUGUCAGAAAUAUGUGUGAUGCAUGUUUGGAGGAUGUUUGUCACAAAUAUUUGACACCUUCCUGUUGCUUGACCAGAUCCCGAUUGUAGAUAAUGAGAUAAAGAAAGAGACAGGAGAGGUGAAACCAGAGGACGAAGUGAGUGCAGCUCCCGCCCAGAAGCUGGUGACAGAGAUGGGGACCUAUGUAACGCAGAGUGCCCUCAGCUCCUCCAGGCCCUCCAAGAAGGAGGAAGACAGGUAGAAACAGUGUGUGGGGAUGUGAUUGGCUGAUAUCAAAAUUCCUCUGAUUGUAUACAUUCUUGACUGCUCAGCACUUCAUUCUCUCGUACUAAAGUCUGGUUUUGUUGCUGCAGACCUCCACUCAGAAGCUUCCUGAUGGAUGGAGACUUCUAUGUGGCAGCUUCUCUGGCCACUACGCUCACCAAAGUGGCUUUGCGCUAUGUUGCUAUCGUUCAGGAUAAGAAGAAACAAAAUGUAAGUUAGUGCAAGACAACAGCUUUGUAGAAAAACACAAAUGAAAAAAACCUUUUCAUCAAAUCCCUGCUGUUUCUCUCUCUCAGUCUUUUGUCGCAGAAUCCAUGCUGAUCAUGGUCACUGUGCUGCACCUGGGCAAGUCCUCUCUACCCAAGAAGCCAAUUACAGAUGAUGAUGUGGACCGCAUCUCGCUGUGCCUCAAGGUGCUGUCAGAGUGCUCUCCGCUUAUGAAUGACAUUUUCAACAAGGAGUGUCGCAAAUCCCUGUCACAUAUGCUGACCGUCAGACUGGAGGAGGAGAAGCUGUCACAGAAGGUAAUGACUGAUGCCCCAGAGGGAUGAACUCGUAUUUAACCUGCUGACAGUCAGGACCAGCUGAGACGUCAGCUCAGUGAAUAAAUAAUCGGUGUAGAUUACAUGAUUUUCAGACUGCUUUUUGUAUCACACCUAUGCUUGUAAAACUUAUUUUGAUGCUUCAGAAACUAAAAGUGUUUCUUUAUAAGACUGUAGCACCCUACUUUGCUAAAUCAUUUAAUGAAAAUGAGACCAGCAGUUACUUGAUGUCAUAAAACUAUGUGUUGCCGAUUGGUGUUUACAUAUUUGCUUACUCUAUUUCAGGUAUAUUUGGUGUGUUGAUUUUUUUCAUGGCUGGGAUUAACUUUAAAUAAUAAUAUAAUAAUAAUGAUAACAGCAACAAUAAUAACAACAACAACAAUAAUAAUAAUAAUAAGCAAAAUAAUAAUAAGCAAAAUAACAAUAAUACUAACAACAGUAAUAAUAACAGCAAUGAUACUAACAACGAUAAUAACAACAAUAAUACUACUAACAAUGAUAAUAAUAGCAAGGUUAAUAAUAAUAACAACAAUAAUACUAACAACGAUAAUAAUAACAAUAAUACUAACAAUGAUAAUAGCAAGGUUAAUAAUAAUAACACCAAUAGUACUAACAACGAUAAUAGAAACAACAAUAAUACUAACAACAUCAAUAACAACAAUAAUACUAACAACGAUAAUAAUAACAAUGAUAAUAAUAGCAAGGUUAAUAAUAAUAACAACAAUAAUACUAACAGCGAUGAUAAUAACAACUAUAAUAAUAACAAGGUUAAUAAUAAUAAUGAUAAUAAAAACAAUAACUGUGUUCCUUAUUCUGACUACAGAAAGAGUCUGAGAAACGCAACGUCACAGUGCAGGCAGACGACCCCAUCUCCUUCAUGCAGCUGACAGCCAAAAAUGAAAUGACAUCUAAAGAGGACCAGUUCCAGCUCAGUCUGCUGGCUGCUAUGGGCAACACUCAGAGGAAGGAGGCUGCUGAUCCCCUGGCUUCAAAACUGAACAAGGUACUCAGCUGCUGCUGCCGCACAGAACACAUUGUACAGAAAAACUGGAAACUAACUGAAAAAAAACACUCCCGUGGGCGGCUCUACUUUGGGCCAAAAUUAAUGCCUGUUUUUGAAGAUAAAAUUGUCAUUUAUUUGAAAACUUGCCCAUUUAUUAAUCUUAGGGUGUGGACAUGAGAGUAAUAUUUGCCCAAGGAUAAUGCUGUUUCUUUUUGAAUAGUGCAAAACAGGGGCAGUCGUAUUUGUUUUCAUUUUUGUUGUUUAUUUUUUGAUAUUCCACUUGUCAGCUAUAGAAUUCAAUUUUUGUGUUUUAUUGAAGAUUAUUUUCUAUUCAGCUAUUAGUGGAUAAAAGUUCAUCACAAGGCCAGAAAGCACAAAUCGUCUUUCUUUUUUAUCCAUCUGCACAGUAUCCUUAUUGCAAACAAGCACCGCUGUUACAGCCAUGUAAGAAAGUGACUGUCAGAAAGAAACUUUCAGUUACUCUGUGAAAAUAUGUGUAGGUUUUAGAAUUAUUGACUAAAUAUCAUUUACUUUGUCCGAUCCAGGUGACCCAGCUGACGGGCUUCUCAGAUCCAGUUUAUGCGGAAGCCUAUGUUCACGUCAACCAGUAUGACAUUGUGCUGGAUGUGCUGGUGGUUAACCAAACAAGUGACACUCUUCAGAACUGCACUCUGGAGCUGGCUACUUUAGGUGAGUCUGGUUUGUUUUACGCCAAACUGGAAUAAUGCCUAUCUAUAAAUAUGCUGGUAAAGCCAACCACAUUUAUUGUAUUGUAUUACUGGACUCUCAAAUUCUUGAAAUGUAUCCCUCUGAUAGGUGAUCUCAAGUUGGUCGAGAAGCCUUCACCCCUCACUCUGGCUCCCCAUGAUUUUGCAAACAUUAAGGCUAAUGUCAAGGUGGCUUCGACUGAGAACGGCAUCAUAUUUGGCAACAUUGGUAAGAAGCUCCUUUUUUUUUUAGUUUACCAUUUGAAGUACACAUAUGUUGCUUUUGUAGUUUGUGUUCUAGCUUGUUGAAAUGUGCGACUCUGUCUUCUCAGUCUACGAUGUGUCGGGGGCUGCUAGCGACAGGAACUGUGUCGUCCUGAGUGACAUCCACAUCGACAUCAUGGACUACAUCCAGCCAGCCUCCUGCACUGAUGCAGAAUUCAGGCAGAUGUGGGCAGAGUUUGAGUGGGAAAACAAGGUGAGCUUCUCUACUCUGUGUUUCAAAACCCAUCAGUACAAGUGUUCCAAGUAUCAGUGCUCAGCAUCACUAGUCAGGCAUCCAUUCAAGGUCUUUUGUUCUUACCUCAAUUCACCUUCCUUUUUUAAAGACAUCAUGUGUGUAAUCUCUCUCUCCUGUAGGUGACAGUCAACACCAACAUCACUGAUCUGAAUGAUUAUCUUCAGCAUAUCCUCAAGUCAACCAACAUGAAGUGUCUGACUCCUGAGAAGGUUGGUGUUUGAAAUUAAAUACAACCAAAUAAAAGCAGUAGGAAGUUUGUUUAAUGGUAAAAAAAAACACUUGGUUAAGACAAAUGUUUGAUACUUAAAUGCUGUUUAUGUUUGGAAAGAGUGAGUUAGGUUUAAGUGUAGCUUAAAUAUAACUGCUAUUUUAUUGUUGUAUUUAUGUAACUUGGCCUAAGUCUUCACCUCAACAAUACUUUGUUUUUGUUAUGUAAUAAUCUCAACUCUCUCCUUCCUGUUCACCAGGCUCUCUCUGGCUUCUGCGGCUUCAUGGCUGCCAACCUUUAUGCUCGUUCUAUCUUUGGAGAAGACGCGCUGGCUAAUGUCAGCAUCGAGAAGCCCAUCCACCUGGGGCCGGACGCACCUGUCAACGGACACAUACGCAUCAGAGCCAAAAGUCAGGUGGGUCACAGCUGCUGCCCAGUGGAGCCUAAAGCACCUGAGGAGUGGAGGAUUUACUUUCUAAAGCAAUGCCACAAAAUCAUGCUUGGAAACAGUGAAAGAUAGUCUAUGAAUUAUUGAGUUAAUGCUACAUUCUGGUAUCUUUUCAGUAUAAAUGUCUGUUGUUAUACGUCUUUCCUCUUUCAUUUCACAGGGGAUGGCCCUGAGCCUCGGUGACAAAAUCAACCUCUCCCAAAAGAAGACAAAUGUCUGAAUCACCUGAUCCCUCUGACUUUGUAAAAUCGCCCGCUGUUUCUCCUAUCGCUCAUCAUCUUACAGCUUCUUCAACACAGCGAAUAAAGAACUCUUUAUGUUGAGUUGCUUCUGUGCUUCUCUUUUGUUUGUUUUUUUACGACACAUCUGUCUAAAAACUACAUCAUCUCGAUAAUGUUUUUUUUUCCUGUCCUGUUUAAUUUUCAAUAAACGUAUUAAAAGAAUGAGAAAACUUUGUUACAUGCAUUGUUCAUUAAAUCAUAUUUAAAUAAAUUCUGGACACGUCAUAGUCAUGUUUGUCCAAGUUUGAUCUCUGAAAUUACUGUGGGUGACUGUCAGUGCUUCAGCUUGAUUUGACACUGUAUGACAGAGAAAGAAAGCAGGAAUAAAAGAGUCCUGUGUAUCUUACAAAUGUUAAAAUGUUAAUCUACUAUUCAAAGGGUGACCUAAAUGGUUGAAAUGUGGUUAAAUAAUCUGUAAUACUGUAAAAAAUCUACAGUGUGAGAGUCUUUCCCCAGAUCGCUGUCUGAACUCAUGAUCCCAGAUGUUUGGUGAGUGACUUCAGAGAGGAUUGUCACGCCAUUACCCAAAGGUGUUUGUGUCCCAAAGUGAGGUGACUCCUGCUGGGUCCAGCUUCAUUGCUUCAGGCCCUAAUUAGAAUUCUUCAGAUGCCUUGUGUGAUAAGCUGCACAGUGUGAAACUGACUGGAAUUUGCUCUGUCACCAUCCCCAAAUUGAUAGUGACAUUAUGCCACCUUUGAAUUAUAGGUAGAGGGCAUGGUUUCUUAUACCUAAAGUAUGACAUAUUGAAGUCAUUUCAAAGGCACUCUGUGGUUUUAUUGUCUCUAUUGUAAUGAAAUGGAGAUGGAUUACAGCUGGUGUAGAACUACACAUUACAUUUGCCCUCCUCUUUAUAAUUUCUAAGGGAGUGGACAUUUCUGGGAUAUUGCCAGAUUAAAAGGUCACAGCCCUGGUCAUACAUUUACAAUAUCUGUGAAACCGGUCUCUCUAGGGGGUAAGAUAAAGACUGGAAGGUGGCUUUGAGGUCAGAGCUUCAGCUGUGAAAAUAAACAAUCGGCUGACUCCGAGGCACUGUCACAGCCACUGUCCUCCUGUGAACAUUGUUCAGGUGCUUUGGAUUCAGGCUAAAAAUUACUCAUAAUUAAAACAAUCACAGCCUAAUUCCAACACCUGAGGUGCAAGAUUUAGCACCUCGAGUUUUUGUAUAGAUUCUCAUACAGUCAUGGAGGCAUUAAGUAGUUACAUGUAUGUUGGGUGUACUCUCACACUAUUUUCUUUAAAGUCAGUGUUUAAAUAAUACUUCAUCAUAAAAGUCAAUUUGUGGUGGUAUCAGUUUUUUUGAAAGUGAAACCAGUAUCAAGGUAUUUUCUACUGUACUUCAUUUGACAUUCUGAGUCCAGCUGUAAUGACUUUAUAUGGUACUGUAUGAUGCAGUUUAUAUCAAGAUGCUUAGGUCAAUGAAAUAUGCAUUUAUUCAAAGCCACUACCAAUCUUCACUACAACCCCCAAACC